AGGAGCACUGCCCUGGGAAAAGUUGCGCUUCGUUGUGUACCUGCCGUACAAACAGUCUGAACUGAGUCGUAAAGUCCACGAAGUUCGGCGGAAACAAGGAAUUAUGAUUGCCUUCAUUUACGCGUGAACCAGCACAUUCGUUUUUAUUAUUUUUAUUAUUUUUUAACCACUACAUCGUAAUCAUAGGAGUAGUUAUCUAUAGGUUUCCGUAGCUUCCGCGUUGGAUGUCCUUCGGAGAAAAAAUGGGAAAUUUGAUACUUGCAGUAGUUCUGCUUGGAAUUCUUCCCAAAGAGUUGCAGUCCAUUCAAGUUAUUGUUCCUGAGACAGAAAGGAGCACAGCGCUCUUUGCAUCUGUCAUCCUUCGCUGUGACUACUCAACAUCUGGCAAUCCGUCAGAGGUCCUAGUUACAUGGAGGUACAAGUCUUUCUGUAAAGACCCUGUACUGGAGUACUACUCUACAGCCUAUCAAGCCUCAUUGGCUCUGGGGCAGGACCCAGCCAAUGACUGCCCCGACCGCACACGCACAGUUCGUGUAGUGGCUCAGAAAAGGGGCACCAAUGAACCCACACUGGGUGCGGAGUACCGGGAGCGCAAGAUCACCAUCCAGGGAAAGGCAGACCUGGUCAUUAAUGAAGUGAUGUGGUGGGACAAUGGCGUGUACUUCUGCUCUAUCGAUGCUCCUGGAGACACGACGGGGGACUCUGACCGGGAAAUCAAACUCAUCGUGUAUCAUUGGCUCACGGUGCUGUUCAUCAUCAUCGGGGCCCUCCUCCUCAUCAUGCUGCUGUGCGUCUGCUGCUGCCAGUGCUGCCCACAGAACUGCUGCUGCUACGUGCGAUGCCCCUGCUGCCCCCAGACCUGCUGCUGCCCAGAGAAAGUGGUGAUGCAGCAUCGGAUGGUGAAGGAGGCCAAGAGGGCGAUGGCCCCCUGGUUCCACGGCCAGCCCAUAUACGCCCCAGUGUCCAACGGCUCCUCACACUCCAACCACCCUCUACUGUACUCAGGCUCAGUCUCCGACUACCCCACCAAGCAGGGGAUGCCAAUGGGCCCCAUGGGCUACCCACCUCAACACCAGGGCCCACCUGUUAUGCCUCAUGGUAUCUAUGACCACCCCGCUGCUCAGGGAAGUAUCCAAGGACAAAACCAGAUGCUGGACUUCCUGGAGAACCAGGUGCGGGGCAUGGAUGUCGCGCAGCCCAUGGUCUACACCCAGCCGGUCCAUCAGCAAAUGGCGCCUCCCCCUGUCCAGUCAUUCCCCCCGCAGCACCGCGCCACCCCGCCGCAGGCCGUGCCGUUCUCCGCCGGGCCUCCCAGCAUGCUCUCUGCUCUGGACGAGAUCGGCGUCCAGGGCAUGGAGCGCCGCGUCAUCCAGCUGCCGCCCAUCAUCGGCCGCGGCUCCGGCCAGCGCGGCUCCGGCGGCACCCGCGACGGGCCGCGCCUGUCCAUCCUGUCCAGCGACAGCUCCAGCCGCGGGGGCUACCGGCGCGACCACCAUGGAGGAGGUCCCCGCGACCCGCCCUCGCCGCGCCGCGGCAUCCUGCGCGGCUACAGCGACGACUCGGACCGGGACGAUCGCUACGGGAGACGGUCGGGCUCCUCCUCUGGAGGCAGGCGAGGAGGAAGUGGAGGAGGAGGAGGAGGAGGAGGAGGAGGUGGCAGGGUUGCCGACGGUUACCGCCCUCGCUCGCGCAGCCGAGAUGACCUGAUGGAGGACCCGCGUCACGUGACCCCUCGCCGGGACAGGAGCUAUUCGCCCCCACCCCGCCGCCGCGGCUCCUGGAGCUCCGAGGAGGACAGCCGGAGAGGAGGAGGAGGAGGAGGAGGUGCGCGGCCCUCGCGAGGGAGACCCUGGCCCGAGAAACCCCCCAGCUACGCCUCCAUCGACAUCCAGUCUGGCCACAGUGGCAGGAGGAACAACAACAACAACAUAGACCGCUUCUCUGAGAGGAGUUCUCGCAGUGGCAACAGUGUGGUGAUCUGAAACCUGCCUAUCUCCAGUAUAAGCAGAAGCAGAAGUAGAUGUCCUUCGCUUUUCACUCAUGUCGAUGUACUUCUAGAGAACUGAACCACGGUACUUAUGGGUUGUCAGUAGGUAGCAGUCACUGACAAAAGGGCCCUUCUCAUUCGUCUUUUUAUCUAUCGUCCCUUCCUUCCUCGGUCCUCGUUCCCACUGAUCUAGAUAAAGAAUGAUGGGGCGGUAACAAUGGGAUAGCCUAUCCAGUGUUCUUUAUAGAUCAGUGGGAAUGAGCCGGAGGACCAAGGAAGGAAGGAAGGGAGGAAGGAUAAAAAGACGAAUGAGAAGGGCUCAUAGUCAGCGACAGUGGUUACAGACGACUGGUGGUUAAUUUCUGAGAUCCAGAUGCAUCUUAUUUUUAUGUACAAGUGUGUGUAUGCAAUGAUGUAUUUUGAAUGUUUUCAAUGUUUUUUUUAUGUAUUUUUACGUACAUUUUAGUUUUAACUACUGGCAUCAGUACUUUAAAGGUGAGCACUGUGAUACCACAUUUCAUUCUUUCAGAGAUUUUUUACCUCUCUUUUAGAGUCUUACUAGAAACUAACCUCGGGAUUCUACUGGCUGUGUGUGUGGGGUGUGUGUGUGUGUGUGUGUGUGUGUAUGUGUACGUGUACGUAUGUGUGAAUCUGUGCUCCAGUUUACAUUAAUUGAUUAGUGUGAGGUGGUGGACUGAUUUUCUUACAUUGGUGCUCAGCUACUGAGAAGCUGUUGUUGCUUGAAAUUGUUGUUAAUGCUUUCUGUGUGUAGACUGGGGAUGUCAGUGAUUUAACAAAAGUGUAACAUUUUCUUAUUUUGAAAUCCACAUCUCUUACCACUGUGGAAUACACAGAAUAAUUUUAGUGGAGACCACUAAUAGUGGAUAUAGGAAUCAUGUGUUCAAAGUAUUUGAAAGCUUCACCAAGCAAUGUUGCAUCAAACAAUUAAAAUGACCACUAAGGUAACAACGAAUUUACCUCUGAGUGUACAAUAAGAUUUUGAUGUAAACAUCUUGUUCACAUGCCAUCAUUCUUACGUAAAGGAAUUAUGUAUAAUAACACCUGCCCUCAGGCUCAGCCCGCUAACCCCCUGCAGUUUAUCAUUUUAUACUGACUUCAAUCCUCCGAAUGGUUGUUUCUUAAAACAUCUUUCCACAAAUGUAUAUCUGAACAAACAGCAAAUCAUAUGGUUUUGUACAAUUACUGGUGUUUACUUUUGACUAUUAGAGUUUAGGCAUUAACUGUUCUAUCUAUAUAAUGAAGGAUACUAAUGAUCUAAAUGGGGCAAGACGUCUAAGUACAUCUCCAUUUGGAUAAGAUGUCAGAUGUGUCUGCCAAUGUUUUUAUCAUUUGGCAUUAUGGGAAUACCAUUGUAUGCACUAUAUUUGGAUUGUGAAGUGUGUUUUGUAUAUAUUAUGAUUUUUAAAAUAUUCUGUAAAAAGUGUUCAAUGGGAACUGUGUGUAGAUUGAAUGGUGACAACUGAUUGGUCUAAUUGCAAGUUCAAAUAAAUUA